GUGCAGGGGGGCAAGACGUAUAUAACGGCGUCCAUUCAUCAAGACAUUCAAUGAAGACAAACCGCACUCGCCGAAGAACGAAGAGGACGAGUGCGCUUUUCCUCUGAAGACACAGUGGACUUUAAUGGACCUGCCGAGGAUUUCAUACCAGGACAUCUAACUGUUUUUUUUCUUCUUUUCGAUCUCAAAACACUUUGAAGCUUUGGAAGAAGCAACGAAUGAAGAUACCUGUGUGUUCUUGUAAUAAAGUUUAGGAUUAACUAAACGAGAUGGCGCAUCUGUCUUUGUACUGCCUGCUGUCGGUGUCGCUUUUGCAUUUGGUGGCUUCAUCGGGUGUGUUUGAACUGAAAGUGCACUCGUUCAGCACAACACGCCGCUACUGCAGGAGGACGCGAGACUGCAACAUCUUUUUCAGGAUUUGUCUCAAGCAUUCAGAAGACGUAAUCUCUGCAGAACCUCCGUGCACCUUCGGAACCGGUCAGACAAACGUCCUGCGAGCGGACCAGAGCUCUAUAUCCAACAGCGCAGCCAUCCGGGUGCCUUUCCACUUCAAGUGGCCGGGGACAUUUUCUCUUAUUGUUGAGGCAUGGAAUGCAGAGUCUCCCAAAGAGCAUCAUGACUACACAGAGAAUCAAAACAACCUGAUCAGUCGUUUAGCAACACGAAGACGAUUGGCGAUUGGAGAGGACUGGUCUCAGGAUGUUCAUUUUGGCGAUCAGAGCGAGCUCCGUUACUCGUAUCAUGUUUUCUGUGAUGAGUUUUACUUUGGCGAGGCGUGUUCGGAUUACUGCCGUCCCCGUGAUGACACGCUGGGACACUACACCUGCGAUGAGAACGGGAACAGGGAAUGCCUGGAAGGAUGGCAGGGAGACUACUGCUCUGACCCCAUCUGCUCUUCGGACUGCAGCGAGCGGCACGGUUACUGCGAGUCACCUGGUGAGUGUAAGUGUCGUCUGGGAUGGCAGGGGCCAUCCUGCAGUGAGUGCGUGCAUUACCCAGGAUGCCUUCAUGGGACCUGCUCGCAGCCAUGGCAGUGUGUGUGUAAGGAGGGCUGGGGAGGCCUCUUCUGUAACCAGGACCUCAACUAUUGCACCAACCACAAACCCUGUGCUAAUGGCGCCACCUGCACCAACACCGGACAGGGCAGCUACACCUGCACCUGCCGGCCAGGAUAUGGGGGCACAAACUGUGAGCUGGAGAUUAACGAGUGUGACUGCAACCCCUGCAAGAAUGGCGGCAGUUGCAAUGAUUUGGAGAACGAUUACUCCUGUACAUGUCCUCAGGGAUUCUAUGGGAAGAACUGUGAGAUCAUUGCGAUGACAUGUGCUGAUGACCCCUGCUUUAACGGAGGGACAUGUGAGGAAAAAUUCACUGGUGGUUACGUCUGCCGCUGCCCUCCGACUUUUACCGGAUCCAACUGUGAGAAGAGACUCGACCGCUGCAGCCACAAACCUUGUGCCAAUGGCGGUGAGUGUGUGGAUCUGGGUGCUAGUGCUCUGUGCCGCUGUCGUCCUGGUUUUACCGGCCCUCGCUGUGAGACAAACAUCGACGACUGCGCCAGCUAUCCGUGUCAAAAUGCCGGAACAUGCCAAGACGGCAUUAACGACUACACCUGCACCUGUACGCUAGGUUUCACCGGUAAAAACUGCAGCCUCCGAGCAGACGCGUGUCUCACCAACCCAUGCCUCAACGGAGGAACGUGCUACACACACUUCUCUGGGCCAGUGUGUCAGUGUGUUCCUGGGUUCAUGGGUCCAAACUGCGAGUUUCCUGUGCAGGGAGGUAUGGAGAUGAUGGCCCCUCGGGUUGGACGGACCUCACCUUCAGCGGUGGCAGUGUCAUGUGUUUUAGGUGUGCUGGCUGUAUUUUUGGGAGUGUGUGUGGGACUGGUGGUGAUCAGGAGGAGAAGGCAUAGACUGCGCAGACAGCAGCUGUGCGAUUCUGUGUUUAAUGAUUUGGAGAAUGUGAAUAAUUUAGACAGGCAGCACUAUCCCUAUGACAGAGACUUCAGUCAGGUGAAACCCUGCAACACUGAGGGCAGAAUCUCAUUGGCGGCUUCUCACACGCUGCCUGCUGGGCAGGACUUCCUGUGGAGUGCUGGAGGAGGACUUAGAUAAGGCAACACACACUUGUACACUCAUACACAGUCUUGCAUACACUAAAGUAGACAAGUGAGCAUAUACACAGACACACAAACUCACAUGCAGGGAUAAGAAUUUGGAUGUAGCACUUGCUUUUGUCUUAAUUAUUAUGAAUGAAUGUUUGAAUGAAUGAAUUAAGUAUGUUAUGACUGAAUAAGGGUUGGACCUUUGCCAUCUGUAUAGGUGGAAGACUCUGUAAACCAAAAACUAAAAGAAACAAGCACAUUGUUGUGUGCUGGGCUUUGUGAAUCUGAAGACAGACACAAGCCCUAAGAGCUGAAACAAACUUAGGUUGCAGAACUCUAUACACAGAGAACUGAUAUCUUUAUACAAAGAUAAAGAAGUGAAAAUAACUCUAUACAAAGAGAACUAAGUAAGGAAAUACCUCUAUUGAAAGAGAAUUAGGUAGGUUAAACUAAAGAGCAUAAGGAUUAGGUCUGGGCUCUGUAUAAGACUUCUCUCUUGUAAGGAUGAGAAUAUCACCUUUGCUUAUUUUCCAGGAUGUUGCCAGCAACAGGUGUUUUAAUAAAAAAUACAAAUUAAAAAAAAAAUGUGUAGAGAAAGGAAACAAGCAACAGUCAGGAAUAUGAUUAAAUAUGUUCUUAAGACCAAAUGGUAAGAUUUUGCUCCAGUUUUGUAUUGCGUAUUAAGCAGUGUGUUUUCUUCCUCGACUGAUAUGGGGAAAUGAGUCAUUGGUUCUUAUGUUAAAGUACAUAAAAUCUGAUUUUCUUCAAUGGGGUUUAUGUCUAAUGAAUGUUUAUUUCUUUUGCCAGAUGUUUCCUGUUAAUUUAAUCCUAAGUUCAUGCCUAAGUUUCUAUUUUGCAUUUUUGUACUUUUGCUUUCAAUCAUUGUCUUGUCUUUGUAAAAAUUUAUGUUAAUUUAUUUUGUAUAUGUGUUUGUUACUUUAAUGAAAGAAUUAAAUUAUAUGAGAAAUACCUCAAUCUUUCAACUUUUUUUUUUCUUUUACAAUGUUUGAUUAAAGUAGAAGUUCACUUUCAGAAUUAAAAUUUCCUGAUAAUUUACUCACCUCCAUGUCAUCCAAGAUGUUCAUUUCUUUUUUGCUUCAGUCACAAAGAAAUUAAGUUUAAGGAAAACAUUCCAGGAUUUUUCUCCAUAUAGUGAACUUCAAUGGGGAUCAGUGGGUUGAAGAUCCAAACUGAAGAUUCAGUGUAGCUUCAAGGAGCUCUACACGAUCCCAUCUGAGGAAUAAGGGUCUUAUCUAAUGAAACAAUCUGUCACUUUCUUAAAAAAAGAGAGAAUACCAUUAACCACAAAUGCUCAUCUUGCACAAGCUCUGCAGUGAGCAUGCGCAUCUUCACACAUUGUGUAAUCACUAGGGGUGUAACAAUAUUAAAAUCUCAUGACACAAUAAUAAUGUGAUAUGAAGUUUACUAUACGAUAUUUAUUGUGAUUUUUUAAAAAAAAAGACAAAUGAUGAAUUGGAAAAAAAGUUAAAAAAGCUUGUUGAUUUUAAAGUUAAAAUAUUCUAUCUAAUUCACAUUGAAAGUUCAGAAUAGGAACUCCAACCCAUGUUCUUAACUAAGAAAACUUAAGACAGAAAAAAGUCAGUGAAUUGACUUUUGAACGUGACUACUUGAACUUUAAAGGGGACUCAACCCCUUUAAAGUUUGAAUAAGAAUAACAAGUUUAAAUAUAUUUUAAAAACUACACUUUUUGCCUGGAAGACCUAUCGUUUCAUAUCGCGAUAUCACCAUAACAUUAAAUUGUUUGGUUUGGGGGAUAUGUUUUUGAAAGCAGUUAAAACAUUGAAUAGUAGAUCUGUCAAACUUUCUCAUGGUACCUCACAAAGAUUUGAUAUUCAUCCUGGCAUUAGGCAAGGAUGCCCUCUCUCUCCUUUUUUUUAUUUUUGUUAGUCACUCAAGUUUUAAAACAACGAUGUAGCAACAGGAUUAUAAGGAAUGCUCUUUGUUCUGUAUCUUUACCUGCAGCAAGAUUUUUUUGGUCUUCUUAUUUGGUAAUAUCGCUUGGGUUAAAGCAUGGAAGUUGCCAAAUAAGUUUUGCAUCAAUAACAAAAUUAAGGAAGUGUCUUACAAAAUACUUCAUAGGAUUUAACCUGCUAAGCAUGUUUUGGGAAGAUUUAAGCUUAAUAUUUCAUAUACCUGUAAUUUUUGUGGUCGAGAAAAAUAAAUCAUUUUGCAUCUAUUUUUCAUUGUAUUUACGGAAGAUUAUUUUGGAAGGAUGUGGAAUUCUACAUUAAUAGAAAGAUGGAAUGUAUGAUAUAAAUUUGUAUAUUUGAUGUGCUGUUUUAUACAGAAAACCGAAGGUACAACUCAAUAUACAAUUGUUUAUUUUUUUUAGGAAAAUACCAUAUACAUAAGAAGAAGUGGGCUCAAUGUAGACCAAAUUUUUCCCAUUUUAUUAAUGACUUUGCAUUGUAUGUAAAUCUUUUGGAACAACCAAAAAACAAAAAAGCACUGAAAACAUGUAAUGCUCUGAAUGCAUUAAAUUGUAUGUAAUUUUCCUUUUUCCAUUUUCUCU